CAGGCUGGGUGCCGAGCUCGCGGUUUCCGGAAGGCGCCCGAAGUCCGAUAAAUACAUCCCGGGCACCGCGGGAGCAGCGGCCGCUGCCCGCGGCACCCGCACCGCCGGCACCGCCACCGCAGGGCCCCGAGCCGCCGGCAAGGGCGCGGGCCGGGCGCGGCGCCCGCUCCUCCGCCACUCGCGGCUGGCGCGGAGCAGAGGAGAGCGGCGGGCUUGGCCGCCGGCGUCCGGGCCGCGGAGCCGAUGAGCCGCGGCAGCUGAGGGCCCGGCCGGCCUCUGCCCGGCGCCCGAGCGGGGCCGCAGCGCCCGGGGCGCGGGGUCCGGCGGGUGAGAUGGGGGCGGCCUGACGCGCCGGGACCCCGAGCGCUCUCUCUGCGGCCGCGGGCCCUCCUCGGCGGCGGCGGCAGCGGGCGCCCGGCCCGCCACGCUCUGCCCCGGGCGCCCGCGGAGCCUCCGCCGCGCUCUAUGCGCCUCUGCGGGCGCCGCGGGCCCGGGCCAUGGCGAUAGACCGGCGGCGCGAGGCGGCGGGCGGCGGGCCCGGGCGGCAGCCGGCCCCGGCCGAGGAGAACGGCUCCCUGCCGCCCGGGGACGCGGCGGCCUCGGCGCCCCUCGGCGGACGCGCUGGCUCAGGCGGCGGCGCGGAGAUCCAGCCGCUGCCCCCACUGCAUCCCGGCGGCGGCCCGCACUCGAGCUGCUGCUCCGUGGCGGCGGCCCCGAGCCUCUUGUUGCUGGACUACGACGGGUCGGUGCUGCCUUUCCUCGGGGGCCUGGGCGGGGGCUACCAGAAGACCCUCGUGCUGCUCACCUGGAUCCCGGCGCUGUUCAUCGGCUUCAGCCAGUUCUCGGACUCGUUCCUCCUGGACCAGCCCAACUUCUGGUGCCGCGGGGCCGGCAAAGGCGCCGAGCUGGCUGGAGUCACCGCCACCGGCAGGUGGGGCGACGUGGGCAACGGGACCAGCCCCCCGACCACCCCCUUCUCCACUGCAGCCUGGGGGGCCCCGGGCAACCGAAGCAACAGCAGUGGCGCCGACGGGGGCGACACGCCACCCCUGCCAUCCCCUCCCGACAAGGGGGACAACGCCUCCAACUGCGACUGCCACGCAUGGGACUAUGGCAUCCGCACCGGCCUUGUCCAGAACGUGGUCAGCAAGUGGGAUCUUGUGUGUGAUAAUGCCUGGAAGGUCCAUAUCGCUAAGUUCUCCUUACUGGUUGGAUUAAUCUUUGGCUACCUAAUAACUGGAUGCAUUGCCGACUGGGUGGGCCGGCGGCCUGUGCUACUGUGUUCCAUCAUCUUCAUCCUGAUCUUUGGGCUGACUGUGGCACUAUCAGUGAACGUGACAAUGUUCAGCACACUCAGGUUCUUCGAAGGAUUUUGCCUGGCCGGAAUAAUUCUCACGCUGUAUGCACUGCGAAUAGAGCUCUGCCCGCCGGGAAAACGGUUCAUGAUCACGAUGGUGGCGAGCUUCGUGGCCAUGGCGGGGCAGUUCCUCAUGCCCGGGCUGGCCGCCCUGUGCCGGGACUGGCAGGUGCUGCAGGCCCUCAUCAUCUGCCCCUUCCUGCUCAUGCUGCUCUACUGGUCGAUAUUCCCCGAGUCCCUGCGGUGGCUGAUGGCUACCCAGCAGUUUGAGUCUGCAAAGAGGCUGAUCCUGCACUUCACGCAGAAGAACUGCAUGAGCCCCGAGAGCGACAUCAAGGGUGUGAUGCCGGAGCUGGAGAAGGAGCUGUCCCGGAGGCCCAAGAAGGUCUGCAUCGUGAAGGUGGUGGGGACGCGGAACCUGUGGAAGAACAUCGUGGUCCUGUGUGUGAACUCGCUGACGGGGUUCGGGAUCCACCACUGCUUCGCCAGGAGCAUGAUGGGCCACGAGGUGAAGGUGCCGCUCCUGGAGAACUUCUACGCCGACUACUACACCAUGGCCAGCAUCGCGCUGGCGUCCUGCCUGGCCAUGUGCGUGGUGGUCAGGUUCCUGGGGCGCAGGGGCGGGCUGCUGCUCUUCAUGAUCCUCACCGCCCUGGCCUCGCUCCUGCAGCUCGGGCUCCUCAACCUGAUCGGGAAGUACAGCCAGCACCCAGACUCAGGGAUGAGUGACAGCAUCAAGGACAAAUUCUCCAUCGCGUUUUCCAUCGUGGGCAUGUUCGCCUCCCACGCGGUGGGGAGCCUCAGCGUGUUCUUCUGUGCAGAGAUCACCCCCACAGUGAUAAGGUGCGGCGGGCUGGGGCUGGUGCUGGCCAGCGCGGGCUUCGGCAUGCUGACAGCGCCUAUCAUCGACCUGCACAACCAGAAAGGCUACUUCCUGCACCACAUCAUCUUUGCCUGCUGCACGCUCAUCUGCAUCAUCUGCAUCCUCCUGCUGCCUGAGAGCAGGGACCAGAACCUGCCCGAGAACAUCUCCAACGGGGAGCACUACACGCGGCAGCCACUGCUGCCUCACAAGAAGGGCGAACAGCCGCUGCUGCUCACCAACGCCGAGCUCAAGGACUACUCGGGCCUCCACGACGCGGCCGCUGCGGGCGACGGGCUGCCCGAGGGUGCCACGGCCAACGGCAUGAAGGCCAUGUAGCUGGUGGUGCCAUCCCGCAGGGAGCCCCCGAGGCUCAACGGUUUGGGGCAGUUUGGGCACAGGUUUACAGACCAGGGACCGAACGGUGGCCGGGGUGGGAGAGUCCAGCUCUGUAGCCACUGCCAGCCAGUGGCAAGACUUUCAACUGGUGUGGGGAAAUUCUCUUGAGACAAACUCUUUGGAAAUAAUCCUUCAGUGACUUUCUUUUCUGCCAUUAAAUAUUUGUAUUUAUUUUGGUCA